AUGGCGAGCACAGUUGCAUUUGAGUUCAACAAAGCAACUCUGAAAUUGAGAAGGAGUCUCCAUAUAUCACCCAGGAAUUCGCCUGAAGUUCAGAGAAAAUCAGAUGUCGGAGACAUUGAAAUCGAAUCACCGGGAAGCACGCAGAGCACAUCACGAAAAUGCUCAAAACGUAAUCGACAGCUGUGCGCAGAGCUCUCUUCUUUUGCACUAUAUCCUCUCUUCGGCGCCCUCUCUCCAUCUCAUUUUUCAUCGCCAAACCUUCUAUUUCAAAGCAAUAAAAAGCCACCUAAAAAGGUGGUCGAAUUUCUACAGUUAUCCGACACGGACAUGUAUCAAGUCAUGUGUUUUUUGAAUCCCAGAUCACUGUUGAAUCUGUCUCAAACGUGUGGCCGUCUACGGCAACUCUGUCUGGCCAAUGAAGAAAAUAUUGAAAAGAUAGAUGUUACUUCGCAUGAAAUAGUAAUUUCAUUCAAUCAAGUCCGGCGUCAAACUGAAGUCCGUUUGCUGAAAAGAGAAAGAACGCGUUCUGACCCUCAAUUCACAUGUUCAAAUAUCCGAGGUCUUCUGUCACCUUUCUCUCGUGCUCUAACAAAAAUCACAUUCGAAACAACUGUAUUUGUAACUGAUUGGCUUGAGGAAAUCCUUGAUCUGCAUAGAGAAAACCGCCUGAUUCCUUUAAGUCUUGUUUUCACAGGAGGUGCUCUAACGAAAGGAAAACAAUUAACUGGAGCUGAUUUACGAUCAAUUACUGAAGCUAAAUUCAUUGAUUUUGUCUCAACACUGCAACCUCAUUUACAGGAAGUUCAAUUGAGCACUUCAAGGAUUUUCAAAGUGAGCAGCAAUCCACCUCGCCUUCUUUCUAUGAUUACAAUGCUGUCAAGUUUUGGAAUCGUCUACGAACGACCUCCUGUCCACUUCUACCAUCAAGAUAUUUCAGAAGCCGUCACGUUUUGGCGCACGGAUUCCCUCUCCAGAAAUUGUGACAUUUUCAUGCGUCGGCCCCAUGAUAUCUCUGUCGAAGCGUGGCAGAAGCUGAGUGGGUCAAUAGAGGAAAGCCGGAUCGACCCAUACACAGAUGAAGUUCUUGUUUCGAAAAUCACAAUCAAACACUCUUUCCUUGUACAUAUCGACUUAGUCUUCCAUUUUCAUUGA